GAGUGCGAGCCGCGAGCUCCCUCAGUCCGGGAGAGAGAGUGAGGGAGAUCGGUUGGACAGACAGGGCCGAGCCGAGCCGCUCAUUACUCGCCUUGUUGAGGCGGCGCAAGAGGGACCGGUCCUUUCUGGUGAUUUCCAUGGAGCGGGUGUAUCGCAGUCGGUGUCUCCGGGAUGUGGAGUUACGCGGCGGUCUGUGUGGGCAGCAGCUGUGGUGAGAGAUUGUACUGGCCACCCUGUCUUGCUGCAGAGCUCUUCAGCCUUGCUUCCCAGUCACAGUGCAAUGGAUCCAGAGAAAGGGCGUAUGCACUCUGUGUUGUGUGUGUGGCUGCCAGUUGUUUUCUCAUGUAUCAGGGCAGACCUGGCUCCUUACUUCACAGCAGAACCCCUGUCCACAAUACAGAAACUAGGGGGACGAGUUCAACUUCGCUGUGCUGCAGAGCCUGCCUGGGCACACAUUACAUGGCACUUCAACGGAAAGAAAUUAACAGACAGCGAACAGAAUGGAAUAACGAUCCAGUUUGGGUCAUUGACCAUCUCCCAUCUACAGAUGUCCCAUGUUGGGAGAUACCUCUGUGUGGCAAGCAGUUCUGUCGGUGCAGUAGUGAGCAGACCUUCUUCAGUUACCAUUGCAAGUAUAAGUGAUUUCCAGGCACCGAGCCAGCGAGUAGUUACAGUGGACGAAGGAAGCACAGGCAUCAUUGAAUGUCAUUUACCUGACAGUAAACCUCAAGCGCUAAUCCGCUACCGAGUGAAGGGUAAAUGGUUUGAGCGAUCCACAGAUAAGUACCUAAUCCUUCCUUCUGGAAACUUGCACAUUCUGAACGUCACACAGCAGGAUAAAGGAAGCUACAAGUGUGCAGCGUACAAUCCGGUCACGAAUGAGAUGAAAAUGGAACCUACGGGACGUAAACUGCUGAUUAGACGCCCUACAACUAGUUCUGCAUACAUCAUCUAUCCCACAACCCCUCAGAAUAUAACAGUGAUUCAGCAUAGCCCACUGAUCCUAGAAUGUGCAGUAAGUGGCAUCCCAACUCUACAAGUCAAAUGGCUAAAAGAUGGUAGGGAACUGUCUGGGAACAAGAGGUGGAGACUAUUUCAUCAUAGCCUGGUUGUUGAUCAGAGCAAAAUGUUGGAUGCUGGGAGUUACUUGUGUAUUGCUGAAAAUGGAAUGGGGGAGCCAGUGUCUGCAAACUACACAGUUACUGUUCAUGAGCCUGCUGCAAUUGUCAAAGGACUACAGGAGCUGACACUCUCCGUGGGAUCUACAGCACGUUUAACUUGUGAUUAUCAUGGAAAUCCAUGGCCCAAUAUUACCUGGUACCACAAUGCAAUCACUAUUCAAACUGGUGUUCGACACUUAGUCUCUGGAAAUAGACUAAAGAUUGUGGGACUGGUUGCUGAAGAUGCCGGGAUGUAUCAGUGUGUGGUGGAGAAUAAGAUUGGUUCAACGCAAUCAUCGGCUAGGCUCAUAGUCCAAUCAGAUCAAGGCACAAAACCUGUGAUUACCUCCCCACCCACUAAUUUGAGAGUGACUGAAGGAGAGUUUGUUACACUGACCUGUAAUGCUACUGGUCAGCCAACACCUAUCAUCCGGUGGUUUGAUCGGCAUGGACUAAUCAGCAACCACCCUUCUCAUAUUCUCCGGUCGAAAUCUCGGAAUGGUCAAAUGUCUGGCAUGGGAAGUCCCAGCUCCAAUACACUGCACCUUACUAUGUCCAGGGCUGGAUCAAGUUCUCUUUACAUACGCAUUGCAUCAUUGGAAAGUUCGGGAGUAUACAUUUGUGAAGCCUCCAACAAGAUGGGUUCAGUACAGGCAGAGGCCUUUCUGUCAGUUGUUCCCUUUGAAACAAAGGUCAGAGUUGAUGACCAAGAGCCCACGCCAUCAGCAAGAAGUUCAGAUAUUGUUCAGAGUGAUGAAGGUGAUGAAACUAUCAACUACGAUUAUGUCUUUGACAUUAUGUCACCAGAGCGCCAGCCAACGAAAGAAUCCAUCUCCACCGUGCCAACACAAAAGACUCCACCUGAUGCUCCCAUCAUUCUCAGUGCUCCAUAUACUACCAACCCAGACAGCUAUGAUUUAAUUUGGAGAGCAGGAAAAGAUGGUGGUUCUCCCAUCAAUGCCUACUUUGUCAAAUAUCGAAAGCUUGACAAUCGUGGGAAUAUGUUGGGAAACUGGCACACAAUUCGGGUUCCUGGCAGUGAAAAUGAACUUCAACUUGCCGAGCUUGAACCUUCUAGUCUAUAUGAGGUAUUGAUGGUCGCACGAAGUGCUUCUGGUGAAGGGCAGCCAGCCAUGCUGACAUUUCGAACUGGCAAAGGGCGAUCCUCCACCUCAAAGAAAAGCUCUCGACCGUCAUCACAACCUGUUGGAGUUCCCAAGCAAACACCUGUCGAGGAUAAGACAAGUACUAAUUUUGGCGUGGUAAUCCAUGAUCUAACACGACACAGCAGAGUCCCUGAGGCACCAGACCGACCUACAAUCUCAACUGCCUCAGAAACCUCUGUGUAUGUGACUUGGAUUCCAAGAGCGAAUGGAGGCUCCCCCAUCACCUCCUUUAAUGUGGAGUACAAACGGAUAGGAAGGAACAGUGACUGGCUAGUGGCAGCAAACAGCAUCUCUCCAUCUAAACUUUCAGUGGAAGUGCGUGGUCUUGAACCAGGUGCUGCAUACAAAUUUCGUGUGAUUGCCAUUAAUGCCUAUGGUGAAAGUCCCAGAAGUGCUGCCUCACGACCUUAUCAAGUGGCAGGAUUCAGCAAUCCAUUUUCAGCACGUCCAAUUGCAGGUCCUCACAUUGCUUAUACUGAAGCUAUAAGUGACACCCAGAUCAUGCUGAAAUGGACGUAUAUUCCAUCCAGUAACAACAACACUCCCAUCCAAGGAUUUUAUAUCUAUUACCGGCCGACUGACAGUGACAAUGACAGCGACUACAAGCGAGAUGUAGUUGAAGGGAACAAACAGUGGCACCUCAUCGGACAUCUGCAGCCUGAAACCUCAUAUGAUAUCAAGAUGCAGUGUUUUAAUGAAGGUGGAGAGAGUGAAUUUAGCAAUGUCAUGAUCUGUGAGACCAAAGCACGGAGGUCCCUUGAAUCCUCGGAAAACUCUGUGGUGAUGGGUGACGGCAUAAGUACACAACCUAAUCUCUCUGACCACCAGGGUGGUCGUCUUGGGACAUCCACUUCUGGCACACGGAGCAAUGAUAUGUUAUACCUGAUUGUGGGCUCAGUGCUAGGGAUCAUGGUUCUCAUCCUCAUUAUCUUCAUUGCCAUGUGCCUAUGGAAGAAUCGUCAACAGACGACGCUACAGAAGUAUGAUCCUCCUAACUACCUCUAUCAAGGCCAAGAGGUAAAUGGCCAGCUGAUGGAGUAUACCACCCUGCCAGGCACCAGUCGAAUCAAUGGAAGCAUUCAUGGCAGCUACAUUGGUAAUGGAAGCCUCAGCAAUGGCUGCCCACACCUGCACCACAAGCUUUCAAAUGGGGUGAAUGGACUGAUGAAUGGGGGAAUCAAUGGAGGAACUGCAAUCUAUCCUAACCAGACAAACUCACUGCAAAGAGCCCACAUGGAUUACGACCAAGCUCACCAUAUUAUGAAUGGUGGUGGGAUAUACACAGCACUCCCACAGACAGAACCAUCAGAGUGCAUCAACUGUCGUAACUGCAGGAAUAACAACAGCAGAUGUUUCACGAAAACCAACGGCACUUUUCCAAGCAGCAAUUUACCCAUGAUUCAGCGGACUCCAGCCUGCCACCAAGAUAGCAUGGAGAUGAUGCCUCUAAAUCAUAUCAUUGCUCCAUUGUGCCCUGGAUCUAUUAUCACUGAAAAUAACAGAGAGGCAGAGUGUGAUAAUACAAAGGCAAGUGCACCACCAACUCCUCCUCACGAUUCCUGCUGCAGUGAUCUGGACCAAUCAUAUGAGGACAAAAUACAAGAUGGCAAAUAUCCUGAAUUGGAAACUGAGAACCAAACACUAAGUGGCAUUUUUCCUCCUCUCAACUCUGCUCCAAUAGACUGUGAUGAUCCAACAGCCUGGAGUGCAACACAACCUGCUGAAGAUAACCUCUGUGAGCACUCGACACAAGAGCGGCUACAGGAAACCUAAGAGGCCCAUUACCUGUUUGCCUGAAGCCAGUAACUGCAGCCAGUCACUGGAGGGACUGAGGAGGGAUCAAAAAAGAAUGCUAUUUAUUUUUUGUAGUCGUAAAAUAUUACUCCAUAUGAAUGUAUCUGGUUUAAAGAUGUCUUCACCCUUUUUAAUUAUUUAUGCUUUCUGAAGAGAAAUUCCUUCUCUACAGAAUGUGGAGUUUUAGCCUUGUUUUGUAUAAAGUUUUGUAAUAAUAUAAAAAAAAGCUAUAGAAAUUGUUAAUUAAUGUCAGAUCAUGCCUGUCUGGUGGAAUGAGAAGCACUUGUAAGGAGGACAUUUUAAGAUGCAAUACCCAGACAAAGACGGGAGGGAGCUGAUCCCUGAAAGAACUCAUCCAACAGGUAAUGCAACUGGAUGGUCUGGUUGUAAUGGAACCUGAAUGUGAUGUAUGGGUACACAGUUACCAAGGUGUUGUAAUGAGGCUGGUGAAAACAUUUCUUGGUCGGCACCUAUCUUUAAACAGACUCCAUUUACAUGGACCAGCUUGGUUUCAGUCAGGUUGAAAGUUCAUAUCCUCCUCUUCAUUGUGACCGUGGAUCUGCUACCAAUUUUUUUUUAAUCAAUAGUAAUAUUAUGUUCAGAUCUGACAGAGGUUCACCACAAUGAGUUGACCUGUUUGGUACUUGUUUCCAUCUGUCACUUAACACCAUCUCAUCUCAGGUUAGGACAAGAUCUAUUGCAAAAUGCCCGAUCUGACUGAAAUCAGGCAAGUUGGCUGCUUUUGCCACUGUGAACGACAUUGCUUCCAGUUAGUAGGUUUCUUGGUAAAUUCAGUCAACAGCAGUAGAAACUCACAUAGCUGAAACAAGCAAUGAGUUGUCCUAUCUUCUCCAUUCCUAAAGGCAAUAAUGUGCAUUUUUGGCUACUGGAGUUUGUGCUGAAUUUGCAUCCUGGGAAAGCAAAUAAUACUGCAGAGCAAAACAUUUGAUGUCCAUGUGGGUGGAGGUACAGAGAUUUCCCAGUUUUUGUUCAUGCAAAGAAAGCAGAUGGCCAGCCAGCCCAAAUGCACCAACUAACUAAACCAACUGCUGCCAUUGUAAUGUUUUGUUUUGGGAGUGUGGCAAAGGUUUGUGUGUUCAGUUGCCUGGUGAAUGCACUUUUUGGAUGCAUUUUACCCACCUAAUACAACAUUAACUUCCAAUUAAUUGAGGGAAAUGAAGUUUCGAUGAAACUAUUUGUACUUGGUUGACUUUACAGCCUUAUUGUAGUAUUCCAGGUUGACUCUUGAUAUUGCAGUGUGUAAACCAUUUCGUGCUUUCCCUGAUUGUUACUGUAUAUUUUACUUAUUGUGGUGUUAAGUUGUUUAUUAAUAAUGUGUUCAGUUUUCAGGCAUCUUGUGUCCCAUCCUGUUUGUCUUAAAUUUAAGCCUGGGUUUUUCUGAACAAGGGAGAGCCAUUGGAGUUUCAGCAUGUGUGCCCUCAGUUUUUGCAAUUUAUUUAUUGGUACUAGGGAAAGCAGCAAAGAAAGAAUGUAUGAUUCUGUCUGUUUCCAUUCAGUGUUUAUGUUACAGUUCCACUGUCGUCAAUAUUUUCAUGAUUUGGAGGAGCCGGUGUUGGACUGGGGUGGACAAAGUUAAAAAUCGCACAACACCAGGUCAUAGUCCAACAGGUUUAUUUGGAAGCACUAGCUUUCAAAGUGCUGCUCCUUCAGGUGUUUGUGGAGCAGGACCAUUAGACACAGAAUUUAUAGCCAAAGAGUACAGUGUCAUGCAGCUGAAAUGAUAUCUUGAACAAAACAGGUUUUAUUCAAUAUAUUCAACUAAACUGGGAAAGUAUCUCACCUUAGUGAUGAACAAGCUGGAGAAAACCAACUGGUGACUGAUAUUGUGAAAGAUGGCUUUCUAUUCCAACAGAAGCCGAAUCCCAGGCUUGGAAUGGUGGGUGGAUGAGAUGAGGGAAUUGACUGAUUAAUGGUACACGUGGUCUAAUGGUUAUGGCAUGAAAACUGAUUAUUGCAUGAUUCUUACACUAAAUGAUCAAAGAACAAAGUAUAUGUAUGGAUAUGCAAAAUCUAUUUGGUGUAAAUAGGAGGCUCCAAGCUGCUAGCACAGUCACGACAAUGUAUCGGCUGCUGAAACGAAUUUUCUACUGCUUUUGAGUGAAAAGCUGGGAUUGACUUAUUGCUGUAGGUGCAGGUUCAAGGACAUCCAGUAACUGUUCAGGACUCUGAAUGACAGACUAAAAUCAGGAUAUAACCUCCAGUUUUGUGUUUUGAAGGUGGCUAAUGCUUUAAGUGAAUUAGUUAAUCCCUCUGCCUUUUCUCGCAGAUGCUGCUAUAUUGCUGUGUAUAUGCAGUGCUUCCUAACUUUUGCCAUUUCUGCUUUUUUUACUAAACCUGAAACCACCGCUUUUGUGUAUAUACAAGCACAAUCCAGGACUAAGACAGUCCGAAAUAAGAGUGGAACACCACCGAGAGGUUCAGGAUAAUCCAAAACACUCUUUUUAGGUAUGACCCCUACGUGUUGCACGUCAUGUGUCAAUUUGUUGGAUUUUUUUGGCUUUUUAAAUUCUCUAAUUUCAGUACUCCCACCCAACAUGGCAAUGCUCCUUGAAAAUGCAGCCAUUAGCAAUCUGAAGAAGUGCCCCAAUUACCCAGUGACUAAAUUGCAGAACACUUGCAAAAUGAAAUGGCAAAUCAAUAUCAUUUAAAUGGCUAAAUGCACUCCGCACUGUCAUGUCAGCAGACGCAUUGAUGCAUGAUCAAAUAUGUGGCUUGUAGAAAAAAUAUUCACUUUUCACUUAAAUCACAAAAGAAUAUCUGACUCUGCAAAGGGCUUUUAAAGUGACCUUAAUCCUGCAGGCUAGGAGGGUCAGGUGUCACAUGAUCAUUAUAACAUUCCCCAUGCAAACAAUAUGUUGGCAUACUGGUUACUUCAUUUGUUAAAUUUCCAUCUCUGGAAUAUUUUAGACAACACUUGAUACUGUACCAUACAGGUGUGUAAGGCAGAGGAAACUAAAGGGUAAUGUUUUUCCUAUUUAAUCAUGGUGCUGAGUCUCACCUGCUAGGGCUGUAGUCAGGAAAUCUGAGACCAUAAUUCUGUGUCCACUGUAACUGUAGAAGAGCCCCUCUGCUCAGAGAGGAAGAGAUUCGGACAGGAUUCGUACUCCUGAUCCAGUGAGCUCUUCUGGGGAAUCUUGGGGCAAAGGAUAUUAUUUGAUGUGCAACUUGAAUUCAUCUUGCCAUAAUUUUCAUUCAGGUCCCAUUGACAGAAAGCUGUGGACUCGGUACAGUUUCUUGAAUCAUGCUCUGACUGUGAGGUUCCAUAUGAGAGCAUCCAAUGGUGAAAUAUUACCCAGCAGUCUCUACAGCAUGCCACAUGGUGUCCCAAAAUCUUUGUCCCCAGUACUAAUUGUUUCAUGAGAAACCAAACUGGCUGAAAUGUUCUAUAUUUUGUACUAUUCACUGUCACCCUCUAUUGAAAACAAAUAGUGCUGUCUUUUUUAAUGCAUGUUUUUGUAUUAUAUAGAAAAUAUGCUAUAUUUUCAUAAAUGGUUGUAAUAUUCUUGUUGAAAUUGUACAUAUUUUUUAAAUAUAAUAGCUCGGUGAGGUACUGUUUGUAAGAUACUGUUAAUAUUAAAGAUGAUGCUGUUGCCUUCACUUGCUACGGGUUCUAGUGCUGCAACAGCACCGUAUAGCACCCUG